GUUAAAUAUCAUUUGUUAACAAAAGGAAUACAAUAAUUUAUGAUACGAAAUAGACAAUGUGUUAUUUUCUUUCAGAGUUUAACUGACAACUUAUUGCACAAUGUUUAUAGUGAAUAAAUUUAUGUAAUUAUCGUAAAUCCUUGGCCUUUUGCUAUUUUUUUCGUAUUAUACAAAAGUACUUCAUAUAAAUAGCUACAUUAAUUGAUCAUCUGGCUAUAGACGCUGGUAUCUUAAGCAAGGUUCAAUAUUCUUCAUCUAACUCUGUCCUCGGCGAUCCUCUCCAGUUGUUUCCAGUUUCUAUUCAUUCCUUUGAUAUCUUUUUCCGAUUCCUGACGCAAUGUGUUCUUUGAUCUUCCUCUUUUCCGUUUCUUUUCAAGAUUACAAGUUAGCUCUUGCCGCCCGAUGCAUUUUGGUGGUUUCCGCAAUGUAUGUCUUACCAACUUCCAACAUCUUUUCCUCAUUUCCUCUUCAGAUCGAAGCUGGUUUGUUCUCUCCCACAGUGGGUUGUUGCUGUUGGAAUCCGGACAACAGACAUUGAGUAUCUUGUGUAGAAAAUCGUUCAUAAAUACUUGUACCUUUUUGAUGAUGGUUGUAGUAGUUCUUGAAGUUUUAGCUCCGCACAUUUUACACUGUUCGGACAUUCCAUGUACCUAUAUUAACUGUUGCUCUGGUUGUUAGAAAGAGCAUCGGUCACGUGAUUUUCACUAUGAGAGGUUAUAAUUUUUCUAAAUGAAGAUUCUUCAACUCAAAAGACAGAGAUUAUAUGGUUCAAAUAGAUUUUUUCCAAUAAUCGUUUUCUUAGCCAGGUUGUUUUCUACUGGAUGUGGUUGCUGACCACAUGCCCAACUCUCCUGUUUCAUCCGAGUCUGGGACCGGAAGUAAAUCUGGAAGGGCUAAAAGUGAAGUAUAUUUACAGAUAUGUAUAUCCUUGGUCUCCAGCUUUUGGUUGGCUUGAGAUUGGAGACGAAAUUCUAGAAAUCGAAGGUCAUUUAGGUACCGAAUUAACAGAACAGGAAUCUUAUUCACUUGCUGAAUUGAAAAGUAAUUAUCUACGCCUUGGAAUUCGACGCUUACCAAUGUUUAGUAAUCAGUAUAUGGGAACAAGGCCAGCUUCUAGAAAUCUUUCAAGAGCUGCCAGUACAACAGUAUAUGGUCAAACUGGACCGUAUUCUAGACUUAAUGUACAACCUCAACAGAAACCAGUUAAUGCCAAAGAUAAUGAUGAUGUUGAAUCAGAAGAAGUUGAUUACAGUUUUAUGAAUUUACCGGUUCGUGAGAGACGGAAACUUUUUCUUGGUGGAGGUCAACCGCCCAGUAUUCAAAGAGGUUAUCUACAUUCAUUAACAAUGCCAAGAACAAAAAACGAUGUAAACAACUUUCAUAGUCGAUAUGAAACUCAAUCGGAGUAUGGUGGAACAGAUCAUAACUUUGGAUGGGAUGCUCCAGUAACACCAACAUGGGUUAGAGAAAAUCGUACAACCAAUACUAGUGAACCAGUAAAAUCAAGAUCAACUAAAACAUUCAGUUUGUCUACAGUGCCAUCAGAAAAAUCAUUUCAACAACAAUUCACUCAAUACGUUGCUGGACCACCUUCACCUCGUUACAAUCAGAAUCCACCUGCUACUACAAAUUAUUUCAAUACUGUGCAACCAAAAUCGAAUUAUAGACAAAACUAUCCUCAAUACUCUGCAACUAUACAUGUUCAAGAUUCACAUCCAACUGGGAACAUAACAUCUGGGCGAGUAUACAAUGGAAGCUCAACACGUAUCUACCCAGUUAAACAAUAUAAUUCAAGUUCAUCACCUGUUAGACCAAUUACACCUUCAUCGGUCUACCCAUCAUAUAAUUCGUACAAUUCAAUAUCACGUGGUUCCGGCAGAGUAGUACAACCUCUACGUGUAAAUGUAUACAACAGCGAUAAUGCAUCUACGGUAUACAGUCCACAUCGAAAAGUAGAAAGUUCUCCCAACUGGAAUCCUAGUUCACCUAUUUAUCCAGCAUAUCCAGCUUAUAUGGAUAAAUCAAAUCAUGUCGAUAUUCAGCCUUUACGUUAUAGACGAGAACAAUCUGUUCGACCAGUAACAAUCUAUUCAACAAAUAAUCCAGCAACUAAUACAACAAUUGAAACGAAACAAGUAUGGAAAGCUAUACCAGCUCAGAAUUGGUUAGAUACACAAAGAACAGUACGUAGUGGUACAUUUAUAACUACAACGAAGAAAAUUCCUAGUGGACGACGUUCAGAUAUUAACAAUGAACCAUCAGGUGUGUCAGAGUUUUAAAUAUCAACAUCUGUUUGGAUUUAACAACAAUAACACUUCAUAACUACUUAUAUAUUAUCAAAUAUGAAAUACAAAGCAUUUUUACAUUUCUAGUAAUAAAUAUGACAUCGGAAAAUAUUAUAGAAUUUAAAAAAAGUUCAGUUGAACAAAAAUUAUUCUUCAAUGUAGUAAUUUAUUUACUAAAAUUACAUCUAGUCAUUUAUUUUACCCUCGUUUUAGCUUUAUUUAAAUCAUUAACUAAGGUAAUAUAUUUGUUUGUUUCUUUUUGCUUUGAUUUUAACAACAAAUAUAUAUAAGAUGACUCUUUUGUUUUGUUUUUCGUCAUGGUUUUCGUCUACAAACACUAAUGAGAUAAAAAAAAGGAAAGGUCAAUGAUUAAUUUAUAUAGAAAUAUUAUUAUUAUUACUAUAUUUUAUUUUUGUCUUCUCAAAAAUUGAUUCUCAUUACGUUCCUCUUUCUCCUCUUACUUAAAUGUUAUUUCGUAGAAUUACAUUGUUUUUUUUUCUCAUUUAAAUUGAAGAUUAUUAUUCUUCAAUUUAUUUUGUUGUAAUUCAUUGAUAUAAAAUAUAUUUAUCUUUAAAUUGCAUGAGUUUAUUGUAUUGAUUAUAUAAUAUUUGUUUUAUUUAGUUAAAACUAUUUUUAUUGUCUUCAUUGUUUCAACUAUUUCAAUUAUUAUUAACAGUCAUAGCUACUAAAAUUAUAAUUGAUAACUAUUAAUUCCUAUUACUCAUUGGCUUUAUCCUUUCAGAAUCUUUAAUUUAAUUUAAUUAAUUUAUGAUAUUUUUUAACUUGAUGGCAUGAUACGCUUUAAAGAAAACUUGUUUUCUAAAUAAAAUCUUUCAUUUAAUUUAUUAAAUACAACAAUGAAAUACAAACAUUAGCAAAGAUACAUACAUACUGAACAUUACAUUAAACGAAUCUUCAAUAUAUAUAUAUAUAUAUAUAUAU